AUGCGUAGGAGCGUCAUCCUCGCGGCAUUGGGAGGUUCGCCCUCGCCAGCCACCGGCGAGACAGACAAGGGCGCUGGCAAGACCCCCGCCGCCAAAGGAUCGCCACUCUCCCGCCAGCCGCUGGCCGACAUCACCCGCAAUGCCAACGCGGCUGGCUUUGGGCCUCUACUGGGACGCAAGCCGUUCAAGCCGCCCUCGUUCGCCAACCAACGCGAAAAGGACAAUCCGGAAGGUGGCAGAAAGAGGAAAAAGGUCGACUACGCAGGCAUGGACGCCGGCGCGACCGACGACGGCGCUGCAGCGCAAGGCUCGGACUCGGAAGACGAGGGCGCUGCCAAAGGCGCUCGAGCCGGCGCAAAGAAAAAGGGCAAGGCAGCCAUGAAGACGCUCGAGGGCGUCUACAAGGGCAUCGACGCCAACGGCGUGUCGCUCAACGUCGACCGUCGCAAGUGGGACGUCUUUGAGGUCAAGCCCAACGCCAUCAAGAAGGGCUUCUCCGUGCCCGUCAUGACCAACAAGCAGGGCCAAGUGGUCGAGACACGUCUCUCCCACGCUGCGCUCGGCACGAGAAGGCAGAUCGACAUUCCGCCGCGCCCCCUGCACGACCCCAUGGGCGAACACGCCAUCGUGCUCUUCGACCCCACCGUCGACGACCGUGAAGCUGAACGCAGGAAGGCCGAACUUCAGCAGGAGCAGGCUGCCGAAGAGGAGCGCAUCGAGGCAGGUGCGCCCAUCCCGACGCCUCACAAGAGCCUCGCCGACAUCCUCGGCCUCAACAAGGCAAAGUCCAAAGAGGUCGAAAAGAUACCGGUCGUGAUCGACCCGAUCCUCAGCAAGGUGCUGCGUCCGCAUCAGGUCGAAGGUGUCAAGUUCCUCUACCGAUGCACCACCGGCCUCGUGGUCGAGAAUGCAUACGGCUGCAUCAUGGCCGACGAGAUGGGUCUGGGCAAGACGCUGCAGUGCAUCGCGCUCAUGUGGACCUUGCUCAAGCAAUCGCCCAUCUCGAAAAAGUCGACGAUCGACAAGUGCAUCAUCGUCUGCCCUUCGUCGCUGGUGCGCAACUGGGCCAACGAGCUGACCAAGUGGCUUGGGGCAAAGGCGCCAGGCACGCUCGCGCUCGACGGCAAACUCAGCAAGGACGAGAUGAUCGAAGCGACGCGUCGAUGGUGCAAUGCCUCGGGCCGCGCCAUCACGCAGCCGGUGAUGAUCGUCUCCUACGAGACUCUGCGCAACUUGCAGGAAGAGCUCGGCAAUACCGAGGUGGGACUGCUGCUCUGCGACGAAGGCCAUCGGCUCAAGAACGCCGACUCGCUCACGUUCCAGGCGCUCACGCAGAUCAAGGUGCGCCGUCGCGUCAUCCUGUCGGGCACGCCCAUUCAGAACGACCUCUCCGAGUACUUUGCGCUGCUCAACUUUGCCAACCCGGAGCUGCUGGGCAGCCGCGUCGAGUUCCGCAAGAACUUUGAGAUCGCCAUUCUCAAGGGACGCGAUGCCGAGGCGACGGAGAAGCAGCAGCAGGAGGCCAACGAGAAGCUGAGCCAGCUGUCGGCGCUGGUGAGCCGCUUCAUCAUCCGACGCACCAACGAUCUGCUGUCCAAGUACCUGCCGGUCAAGUACGAGCACGUGGUGUUCUGCAAGAUGGCGCCGUUCCAGCUGGAUCUGUACCGCCUCUUUAUCCGAUCGCCCGAGAUCAAGAAGCUGCUGCGCGGCACGGGCAGCCAGCCGCUCAAGGCGAUCGGCAUCCUGAAGAAGCUGUGCAACCAUCCGGAUCUGCUGGAUCUGCCGAGCGACCUGGACGGGAGCGAGCAGUACUUUCCCGAGGGCUACACGCCGCGCGACCGACGCUACGUCAACCCGGAGCUGUCGGGCAAGAUGAUGGUGCUGCAGCGCUUCCUCGAGACGAUCCGUGCGACGACGAACGACAAGAUUGUGCUCAUCUCCAACUAUACGCAGACGCUCGACGUGUUUGAGCGCAUGUGCCGCGCGAACCGGUGGGGCAUGUUCCGGCUGGACGGCACCAUGACGAUCAACAAGCGACAGAAGCUGGUGGACCGGUUCAACGAUCCGGAGGGCAAGGAGUUCAUCUUUUUGCUCUCGUCCAAGGCGGGCGGAUGCGGACUCAAUCUGAUUGGGGCGAAUCGACUGGUGCUGUUUGACCCGGACUGGAAUCCGGCGUCGGAUCAGCAGGCGCUGGCGCGGGUGUGGCGCGACGGGCAGAAGAAGUCGUGCUUUGUGUACCGGUUCAUCGCGACGGGGUCGAUCGAGGAGAAGAUCCUGCAGCGGCAGUCGCACAAGCAGUCGCUGUCGUCGUGCGUGGUGGACGAGGCGCAGGAUGCGGCGCGGCACUUUUCGGGCGAGGAUCUGCGUGCGCUGUUUGCGUUCAAGGAGGAGACGGCGUGCGACACGCACGACACGUACAAGUGCAAGCGGUGCAAGUCGGGCAAGCAGUUUGUCAAGGCGCCUGCGCUGCUGUACGGCGACACGAGCACGUGGAACCACUACGGCAAAGCGGAGAUGCACCACCUGCACGACGACCUGCUGCGUGCCGAGCAGGCGUACGACGACGUGAGCUUUGUGUUUCAGUACUGCAGCCACUAG